ACGUCCAUAACUGUCUACAACCGCCUCCCUCGAGACACCAUCUACCGUGUUACAUUUCAUUCAGCUGAUCUAUGUUUCAAAACUGACUUACCAACCUCCGCCCAUCCCUCUGUUGGAUUGAAGACACUUCUUAGACGACCAGGGUCGCAUAGAUAACAUGGCUAAUCCACGAGUAACUCCUGGUUCUGAGACAUUCGAGGCGAUUCAUAACGAGGCAUGGAACGUGCAAGUUGAGUUUUUUUUCAGCAGACAUAUAACUCAUGUCCAGAUCAAAGACUUCACCCCAUUUCCUGCUCGCGACGCGUUAGCAUCUGCUCUCUCACAACCAUCGGGACAAUCACAAUUCACAGCUGUCGGCAGUCUUUCUGAUGACCUCGAUAUUGCUUUCGCUCGGAAACGUCCUCGCAAGAUCUCUUCAGCUUCCGUAGCCACUGUUGAGAACCUCUCCAUUAACAGUACGGGUGGUACAGAGCAUAGUGGAGGAGCCGGAGAUGGUGCAGUACAGGAUUCUACGGGGCGGAGACGGACAUUGUCACGAACAAGUGGGAAUCAAGGCAGUGCGCUAGGCACUAGCUAUAGUUUUGAACAGAUACGACGCCCCCCGCCGGUCGCGGGUUCCGGUCCUACUAUUCGUUCGCACCGCCCACGUACCACUUCAACUACAUCACGCAGUAGUACCCACAAUUCCUACGGGACUUCACUUCCAUCUCUGGGUUUGUGGCCUGAUCAUUCUCAAAAAGCUCUAGAGAAAGCGCUACAGUCGCGUUUGGUCGAGACAUUUAUGACCAUGACAAUUCCUUCAUCGUCUCACGCCGGAGAUACAUCUGCCACUGCUCUCACUUCGUCGUCCAUGUCCUGUCGCAGCCCUUCUCCUGGCCCUCUGCCGUCUAUGUCACCUCGUAGUGCACCGUCAUUAUCGCGAGACAAGCUUCCGAAUCGCCAACAACACUCUUCGUCCAUUGCUGUGGAAUCAUUCCCUAUAACUAUAUCUGGGCCCGCUGAACCUUCGACGCAGAAGCGAUUCUCCACGCGCAGCCAUAAUUUCAAAGUAGUACUGGGUGACGACCAACAGACCACAGGUUUCACCUCUUCUCGUGCAUACACUGCAUCUACUGCCUCAACAUCUGGCCCACACAAUAAUGCAGCGAGUGAAAAAAGUCCUGAAGGGUUUGCCUCUGCUCCCGUUCCUAACUAUAUCUCUCCCAUACAUCGACCCAGUACCAGUCCGUCAUUCUCGAUAGAUUCAGCCUCUGGGUAUGACUUCGCAAAGUGGUCAAAUUUGGCAGUUCAAAGGGUGACUAUCAAUCUAUGGGGAAGGAUGAACCUUCGCUCUAAUUCCUCAUAUGGUAAAGGCAAGGAGAAGCAACGGGAUGCGGGCGAAUUUCUAAAUGAGACGGACUCGCAGUGGAAGAUGAUGGGUGAAUGGAAUGUUGACUUGGCCAAUUUGGUACCCGUGCCUGACGAGUUCGCAAACCCCACAUUCCACCUUCCCUCCAACACUCUCCUCGUCACACUCUCCUCCACUGGUAAAACGUACUACUUGCCCCCGUACGCCCAUACUUCGUCAGGCCGGCCACCAUCUCCCAAUGCUGGAUACAGUUCCGAUCCUGAAAUUCGUAACUCGAAGCUAACUCUACAACUCAAUUCAUUCCCGAGAUCAUCGGAAAGUGAUAGCACAAUCUCUGUGAAUCUCGACAACCGAAUAACUCGACUACGAAAGGAUCCACUACGAAGUGCAGGUUGGCAAGAUCUCGUGAAAUUAUUGACUUUACAGUCUGUUAUUUUAGAUACACAGCAUUCUCUAUUGAAGCUUGAACGGGACGUAGAGAAACUCGUCAUCGAAGAUUAUGCGGGUCGUCUGAGACGGGAAGUGUCCGAGCGAGAGGCAAUGGUAGCCCAAUGGCUGUCUAGCAUAUCCAAAGUGCGCACAGACAGCGACAAUCGUGAGCCAAUUCAAGUAUCCAAUCGCAUACAGGCUCGGCGGAAUGAUCUUCGCAAGCGACGAGAACUGCUCACCCAGGCGAGACAGAUGCAGGAGCAAGAUCUGCGCGGUACAGCUCAACGAGAAGAAGAGCUUGCCGAAGAACGAACGCGAGUCGCGAGCCUCCGCAAAAGUCUUACUCCCGUCCGAGUUGCCCUUGUUACAACCCUCGCCUCUAUUUUCCCGAUUGACCUCCUGUCCGGACCGGACCUCCUCUAUACCAUUCUUGACAUACCCCUUCCUAUACCUCUUGGAGUCACUGAACCUGCCCCCCCUCUCUCUUUGCCGUCACACAAGGAGGUGACCGAAGACGGGGUUGCCACCGCUCUAGGGUAUGCGGCACAUGUCGUGCAGCUGCUCGCUGCAUACAUGGGGCAAGGCCUUGUAUAUCCUAUAACAUAUGUCGGUAGCAGGAGUCUGGUUCGGGAUGGAAUAUCUGCAAUGGUUGGUCCACGCAUGUUUCCGUUGUUCUCUAGAGGCGUUGACACGUAUAGGUUCGAGUACGCUGUGUUUCUGUUGAACAAGGACAUCGAUUUGCUCAUGUCGGACCGCAACCUACGCGCAUUAGACAUGCGGCACACAUUACCCAAUCUCAAGAACCUUCUGUUGACUCUGACGGCAGAAUCAGGCAGAGGAGGUGCUCCGUCAAUGCUUCUCGGGUCUCCUGUGUUCUCUGUAUCCGGAUUGCUAUCGCCCGCUCGACCGUCUUCCCCAACGAAUUUGAGUUCCGCAACAGCACCUACCAUCGACAACUCCGAAACACCCGCCGCUGAGGUAUUGGCAGAUGCCGAUUCGCCGUUGCCGAGUGGCUCAUCGACACCGUCGAAGUCUGGCAACGAUGCAUACCACCAUUCUCUCUCCAGGAUGUCGAAACCAUUUUUCGGUCUGUCCGGUUUCCUUCGCGCCAGAUACCCUUCCGGCGUCCAGCAGCCUUCUGUAAAGGUAGUCCCGGAGGUGGCCGAAGGAGGCAGCACUACUUCAUUCGCUACGCCGGAGAGCGCGUCUCAGCCUCAUUUAGAGGUUUUGGGUGCUGACAGGCCGGACGAUGACGCGGAGGAGGAUCGACGGACUCUUCGUGGCAUUGCCGUCGGUGGCAGUGUCGAAGAAGAACCAAAGAAGACCGGGAAUGGCCAAGUUCCUCACAACGUCUCGGCCGGGAAUGCUGAGAAGACGGCCAAUGGAGAGGAAGUGCCGACUCAGUUAACCCAGAUUGUGACGCAUAUGCAAUGA